AGGUCUUCUCUGGGUGGGCGAGAUCUGUACAGAUCUGGCUAUGGUUUUAAUGAACCCGAACAAAGCCGCUUCGGAGGUAGUUAUGGUGGUCGAUUUGAGAGCUCCUACCGGAAUAGCCUUGACUCUUUCGGAGCAGUUUUUCUUCACCCCAUAUGAAGCCUGCACCUGUAGGCUCUCGGGGGAGAGGAACGCCUGCUUAUCCUGAAAGUACGUUUGGAAGCAGAAACUAUGAUGCUUUUGGAGGACCAUCAACAGGCAGAGGCCGAGGCCGAGGACAUAUGAGUGAUUUUGGAAGCAUUCAUAGACCUGGAAUUGUUGUUGACUAUCAAAAUAAAUCCGCCAAUGUGACAGUUGCUGCUACAAGAGGAAUAAAGAGAAAAAUGAUGCAACAAUUUAAUAAGCCCAGUGGAACCUUCAUCAAGAAACCCAAGCUAGCAAAACCUGUGGAGAAGAUGAGCCUCAGCAAAUCACCUAAUAUCCUAGCAAAAAUUGAUCCAAAAAAUGAAGAAGAAGAAGAAAAGCGGCGAAUUGAGGCUCGGCGAGAGAAACAAAGGCGCAGAAGGGAAAAAAACAGUGAGAAAUAUGGAGAUGGAUACAGAAUGGCAUUCACAUGUUCAUUUUGUAAAUUUCGAACGUUUGAAGAAAAAGAUAUUGAACUGCAUCUGGAAAGUUCUUCACACCAGGAAACAUUAGAUCAUAUUCAGAAACAAACUAAAUUUGAUAAAGUAGUUAUGGAGUUUUUGCAUGAAUGUAUGGUGAAUAAAUUCAAGAAAACAUCUAUUCGUAAGCAACAGACAAAUAAUCAAACAGAAGUAGUCAAAAUAAUUGAAAAAGAUGUUAUGGAAGCAGUUCCCCAAAAUCAACAUAUCCAAAAAACUCUGUCCUAUCUUUGAGCAUCCUCCAGCCCA